AUGGGCAACCCCGAGUACGUCUUUGCAUCGACGAAUAAUGUUGAUAGCACGCAUCGAGUAGCAAUCCCACCACCGCAACCUUUCGUGAAGUCAAUGAAGAACAUGCUAAAGGAGACAUUCUUUCCUGAUGAUCCACUCCGGCAAUUCAAGAACCAGCCACCAAUGAGGAAGUUCAUAUUAGGCCUCCAGUACCUCUUCCCGAUACUCGAGUGGGGUCCACGAUAUAGUUUCGAGUUUUUCAAGUCUGAUCUUAUUGCUGGGAUUACCAUAGCCAGCCUUGCAAUUCCUCAGGGCAUAAGUUAUGCAAAGCUUGCGAACUUGCCACCAAUUCUUGGCCUAUAUUCCAGCUUUGUUCCACCAUUGAUAUAUGCAAUAAUGGGAAGUUCAAGGGAUUUAGCAGUGGGGACUGUUGCUGUUGGAUCACUGCUCAUAAACUCCAUGUUGAGUAAUGAAGUUAACGCCAAUGAGAACCCAAAACUCUAUCUUCAUCUUGCUUUCACAGCAACAUUCUUUGCUGGACUUCUUGAAGCAGCCUUGGGUAUUUUCAGGUUAGGGUUUAUAGUAGAUUUUCUAUCGCAUGCUACGAUAGUAGGGUUCAUGGGAGGAGCAGCCACAGUGGUGUGCCUCCAACAGCUAAAAGGGAUACUUGGCCUCGACCAUUUCACUCAUGCCACUGAUGUUGUCUCCGUUAUGCGCUCGGUUUUCUCCCAAACCCAUAAGUGGAGAUGGGAAAGUGCAGUGUUGGGAUGUUGCUUCCUUUUCUACCUGCUGCUCGCUAGACACUUCAGUAAAAAGAAGCCGAAGCUCUUUUGGAUAUCAGCAAUGGCUCCAUUAACCUCUGUUAUCUUGGGAAGUCUUCUCGUUUAUCUCACUCACGCUGAAAGACAUGGUGUCGAAGUGAUAGGGCACUUGAAGAAAGGGAUAAACCCACCUUCAAUAAUGGAUCUGCAAUUUGGAUCACAGUAUCUCACCGCAACCAUGAAAACAGGCAUAGUCACUGGUAUUAUUGGUCUUGCUGAAGGGAUUGCAGUGGGCAGAAGCUUUGCAAUGUACAAGAAUUACCAAAUAGAUGGGAACAAAGAGAUGAUUGCUUUUGGGAUGAUGAAUAUUGUUGGUUCUUGCACUUCAUGUUACCUCACUGCUGGGCCAUUUUCGCGAUCGGCAGUGAACUUCAAUGCAGGAUGCAAAACAGCAGUUUCUAACAUUGUGAUGGCAUUUGCAGUGAUGAUCACAUUAUUGUUCUUGACUCCAUUGUUCCAUUACACUCCACUUGUUGUCCUUUCUUCAAUUAUAAUUGCUGCAAUGCUUGGCCUUAUAGACUAUGAAGCUGCAAUUCAUCUUUGGCACAUUGACAAAUUCGAUUUCGUCGUGUGCAUGAGUGCGUACGUUGGUGUCAUCUUCGGAAACAUUGAAAUAGGCUUAAUCAUGGCUGUUGGAUUAUCUAUACUUAGGGUAUUAUUAUUUGUUGCAAGGCCAAGGACAUUAGUUCUUGGUAACAUUCCAAAUUCCAAGAUUUACAGAAAUGUUGAUCAAUAUCCCAAUACCAAUAAUGUUCCUGGAGUUCUUAUACUUGAGAUUGAUGCUCCUAUCUACUUUGCCAAUGCAAGCUACUUGAGAGAGAGAAUUUCGAGAUGGAUCGAUGAUGAGGAAGACAAGUUAAAAUCUUCGGGAGAAACCAACUUACAAUAUGUUAUACUUGACAUGAGUGCCGUUGGAAACAUUGAUACAAGUGGGAUUAGCAUGCUCGACGAGGUUGAAAAGAAUACUGAGCGAAGAGGGCUCAAGCUGGUAUUGGCCAAUCCCGGAGCUGAGGUGAUGAAGAAGAUGAACAAGUCGAAAUUCCUAGAGAAAAUAGGGCAGGAGUGGAUCUUUCUAACAGUGGGAGAGGCUGUUGGGACAUGCAAUUACAUGCUCCAUACUUUCAAACCUAAACGGGCGGCUGAUGAAUCCAAUGUAUGA